AUGGCCAAGGUCAAGCGGUCGACUCCCGUGACCGCGCCCGCGCCCUUGGACCCGGGGGCUACAGCCGCCAAGGCCAAGAAGUCGGCGUCCGCGGGGGCGGCGAUUACGGCCGGGAAGAGCCCCGCGGCGGCGUCGCCGCUGAUUGUGAUCGAAAUCCCCUCGUCGCCUGACUGCUCCACGGGCGGCAGCCACUCGACGAAGAAGGCGCGGAAGAGGCCCGCGCCGCCGACGCUCGACCUCGACGACGAGAUCGAGAUGUGGACCCCAAGGCAGAAGCAGCGCCUCGACGAGGACUGCCAGAUCCUCGCCGGAGACCCCCUCUCCUCCACCACCGAGGUGGCCCCCUCCCCCGCCGCCGCCAAUGACGAAAUCGCGGUUGUUGCAGAACGAGGAAAGAUUGCGUGCAGAGAUUUCCCACAUCCGAGGUCUGCUUGUGCAAAGCACCCAUUUAGUAGAACCCCUCAUGAACGCUAUUGUGACAAGUGUUUCUGCUAUGUCUGUGACAUUGCUGCCCCAUGUGUGUCCUGGAAGGGGCAUGGAGGGCACUGCCACGCUUCGGACAGGGACAAAAAGUGGAAGUCUAUGAGGUUCUUGAUGCAAAAGUCAAAGAAAGCAAAGCCUAGUUGA